CUCAAACAAAAUGAAAGUGCUAAAAAUUUAAAAUAGCCAUCACAAAAAAUCACAAUACACUAAAAUUAUAUCGGGCACCAAAAUCCGUGCAUCACGCGGAGAAAUGCUAGUGUGUGUGUGUGUGUAUACUUUUGUUUUUUUGAUAGUUGUAGGAGGAAAUGGAGGAGGGAAUGAGGCAAGAGCUUAUCCAGGGGCUGCAGAGGAGGGCAAAGGUUCAACAUCCAACCUCCACUAGACAAUCAACACAGACAGUGACAUCGCCUCCACCAAUUGCCUCUGUUGUGGCAAUGCCCGGUGAUACACCGCGGGUGUCCCUUCCAGAACACUUCUUUAAGGGUCGCCCUAUCGCCACUCCAGUAGUGGUUGUGGCUCGGCGGAUGGUGAUUGUCGACGGGAUUUCUCAAGAACAAUGGUUGGUGAAAUGGUUGGAUGGGUGUGACGAUGACACGACGUGGGAGUCGAUGGAAGAGUUGGUGCGCCACUUUCCCAACCUUCCCCUUGAGGACAAAGACGUCCUUAACGGGGGGAGUUGAUACGGGCACGACGGGUACCGUAGGAUGUAGCCUAGAGGGGUCGAGCCGUCCCCGAAGGCAGGUGCGAGCGCCUCAUCGCUACGACGAAUAUGUUUAAAGCAUUCGUUUAUGUUUUAUUUAUGUAACGUGGAUUUUACUAGGAGAGCGGUAUAUAAGCUCCUUUUAGAAUUUUCUCUUCGGUUGUUUCCUUUGAGCUUUUUUUGAAUAGAUAAGUUAAUCUUGGAGGAAGUUCAUCUUAUAAAUAAGGGGCAUGUAUCUGGGCAAGCAAUAAUACACCACCUCUCCCCUCCCUCAAUAUUUUCUCUCUCUUCAAACCCUAAUUUCCUCCCCACGUUUUGGCCGCUGAACUCUUACUAGACGUGAAGUCCCCUUCUCCGGCAGUGAAAUCAUUCCAGCCGUCCGUCAACAAGGAAGGAACAUGUCAUAAUUUAUGGUGGUCUGUGAUUUGAGUGGGCUGAAUUCAGUGCUUGG